AUGACCGAGGCCCGUGGUGGAUGGGCGUAUCCCCUCCAGGGCGUACAGUUGAACCUUGUCCUUCUCGUCGACAUGGUCGGUCGCAUGUCCUCGUCGUCGACGCGCGAAAGAAGCUCGCGGCAGAGAGAAGAAGAGCAGGCUGGACAAAGUGCCGGUUGGCGCGAGCAGAGGCAGACAGGCUCUGCGAUCAGCUGUCGUGGCGGCGUGCCGGUGCCCUCUGCUAGUCGGCACGUGGUGGAAGAACAGGGCUUCGUGUGGGCAUCGACACGCGUAGUUCUCGUUUGUCGCCUCCCCUGUCCUUCAGUGAGGCAAGACCUGGCCUCGUCGUGCCUGUCCAUCUUCUGGCAUCGAGACAACCACGGAUUCCCAUCGGUGAACGGCCGGGAUAGCAGCGCCGACCUGCCUCACCUUUGGCGGACCGGGAAGGAGAGACGAGCCGAAAUGAAGCUGGCGCAGCCCCUCCUCCCACACUUGCCACCUCGUCGACGAGCCCCGAUCCAAGACAAAACGAGACGGGACGAGACGAGACGAGACGAGACGAGGGUCAGCGGCUUGACGCUUACAUGCUAG